CUCUUAUCCUUUUUUGUCUUCUUUCUUUCUCUCUCUUCUGGUCCUUUUUCUCUCACAUCCGGUGGCCUGUCUGGCAGCUCUGGGUCUGUCAUCAUCGUACCACCUCAGAGCUGUGCAAGCCUCAACAAGGACCAUGCAUGCUUCCUCUCUUUUUCCUCUUCUUCUCCUCCCUCCCUCCUCACCCACGAAGGAUAUGGGAGACCACCAGUUGUUUCUAUCUAAGGGAGAGCCUGAACCAGACUAAUGAAAUCUCCAGAUGCUGGCAAUCUUGGUGUAAACUAACUGUAAUCAGGUUUGAUUUGGCGUAAGCUAGUACAUCGGUUGACAUGUUGGUAUGUUGUAGAGUGGAAUUUGUACAGAGUUUGAUGUUGUAAUGUAGUAGCAUUGCGUCAUAGCUGAAACCCAGUGAGGAAAUCAACUAAGUGACAGUCUGUCAUUUUUUUGGAGGAGAUCUGUUGCUCUUGACUUUUAGUUUGUUCUUGUGCUUGCCCCAGCUUCAUCUGUCUGGACUCCUGGCUCUGUCUGUCUCAGUCGUGGGAAAGACUGAAAUUACAUCGCUCUCAUGGUGGACUAUAUUGGGCUCUCAGAGAGAGUGGUAGAGGGCAGCAGGCGGCAGGUUGCAGACAGCUCUGUUAAAUCAGGAGUCCCCCAGCAGCAAGCAGGUCUGAAGCUGUCCAGUCCACAGAGCAACACUGCUUCACCGUUACCGUUUAACGGGAGCUAGGAGCGGAAGAAUGUUGUGCGCCACGUCAACAGAUCUGGAGCCUGACGACAAUACGUCGUUCUACAUCCUCAAUGUGGGCCAGCAGUCCGUGGUCAACAACCAGUCUAUGGGUCAGUCAUGCAAUGGCAGCAUGCAGCCUCACUCCCACUCCCAAGUCAUCAGCUCCUCCCCCCAUCAGCGCCUGCAGUCCCACAAGGUGUACGACCCCAUUUAUGAGGUCCAGGACAAUGUCAACAAAAACAAAUCCAGUCCUGCAGGUGGGGGUGGGGGGCCUCCCAAAACCUUUGAGUGUCCUAGCAUCCAGAUCACCUCUAUCUCCCCCAGCUGUCAGCAGGAGAUGGACGCUAACGAGGACAAUCUUAGAGGUAAUGAUGGGGACUACCACCAUGGGGACCGGCCCCUGUCCAGGGACCACCUGUACCUGCCCUUAGACCACUCAUACCGGGACUCAACUCUCAGCCCGUCCCCCUGCAGCUCCCUGUCCUCCAGGAGCUGGUUCUCAGACGCCUCGUCCUGCGAGUCCUUCUCCCACGUGUACGAUGACGUGGACUCUGAGCUGAACGAAGCGGCCGCAAGGUUUACCCUGGGGUCUCCCCGCACCUCCCCUGGCUGCUCCCCUCACCCUGGGGUCCUGGAGGAGGGUCUGUGGGCUGGGCAUCAGCACCACCACCCUGCCUUUCACCACUCCCACUCCCUGUCCCCACGAGGCUCCCCGUGCCACUCCCCACGCACCUCCGUCACCGACGAGAACUGGCUGAGCCCCCGGCCGCCGUCCCGCCCCUCCUCACGCCCCACCUCACCCUGCGGGAAGAGACGCCACUCCAGCGCAGACAUCUGCUACCCAAUGGGCUCCGUGUCCCCACACCACUCCCCGAUCCCCACCCCCGAGCCGUCCCCAAGGGGCAGCGUGACAGAGGACACCUGGAUAGGAAGCCCCUCCAUGGGCAUGUUCCAGUGCUGCCCUUCCGAGGCAGACAUCCCCUCCAAGACUAGGAAGACGUCCCAGGACCGGACAUGCUCCAUGGGGGGGAAGGGGGACCUGGGCCUGGACGACUCUGGGAACGGGUCCCCCCUCAUGGACUCUCCCUCGGAAGACACCUUGCACUCCCUGAAAAAGGACGGGCCAGGGGAACAGUUUCUCUCAGUGCCCUCACAUUUCACAUGGAACAAACCCAAACCAGGACACACACCCAUCUUCAGGACCUCUUCCCUACCCCCCCUGGACUGGCCCCUGCCCCACCUGUUUGGCCAGUACGAGCUGAAGGUUGAGGUGCACCCCAAGGCCCACCACCGAGCACACUACGAGACGGAGGGAAGCAGAGGGGCGAUCAAAGCUGCAUCAGGUGGUCAUCCUGUUGUCAAGCUGAUGGGCUACAACGAGAAGCCUGUCAACCUACAGAUGUUCAUCGGCACGGCAGACGACCGCUACCUCAGACCUCACGCCUUCUACCAGGUGCAUCGGAUCACUGGGAAAACGGUGGCCACUGCCAGCCAGGAGAUCAUCAUCUCCAGCACCAAAGUUCUCGAGAUUCCUCUGCUUCCCGAAAACAAUAUGUCUGCCAGCUCCCCUCCCUAUCUCUCUUGCAGUAUUGACUGUGCUGGCAUCCUGAAGCUGCGGAACUCAGACAUUGAGCUGCGGAAGGGGGAGACUGAUAUCGGGCGGAAGAACACGCGUGUGCGAGUGGUGUUUCGUGUUCACAUUCCCCAGCCCAAUGGGAAGGUUCUCUCUCUACAGGCUGCAUCCAUCCCCGUGGAGUGUUCCCAGCGUUCGGCCCAGGAGCUUCCCCAGGUAGAGAAGGCCAGUCUGACCGGCUGUCUGGUCAGCGGGGGAGAGGAGAUGGUCAUCACAGGAUCCAACUUCUUCCCCGAAUCAAAGGUCAUAUUCCUGGAGAAGGGCCCUGAUGGACGACCCCAGUGGGAAGUGGAGGCGAAAAUCAUCCGUGAGAAAAGUCAAGGAUCGAGCGUCGUAGUGGAGGUCCCUCCCUACCACAGUAAGACCGUGACCUCGGCUGUUCAGGUGCAGUUCUACGUGUGUAACGGCAAACGGAAAAGGAGCCAAUCACAACGCUUCACUUACCUGUCAGUCCUGGUGAAGCAAGAGCACAACAGAGAAGAGAUGGAAGGGCCCCCUGCUGUGCCCCCCAUGCCUGGUAUGUCCAUGCCCCUGGCCCAUGCUGCCAGCCUGGUCCGCAGUACCCACACCCAGCUGCCUUCCCCUGAGCAGGGCCACCCACCGGACGGCCUUCUGUCCAGCUCUCCCCGGGGCCUGGCUGCGGGCCCCGGCUCCAGCCUCCAUACUCUGCAGCCUGCCUGCCCCCUCAUGGGCUCCCCCACCUUCCAGCACCUGCCUCACCUCCAGGGCCGAGGCCUCCACACGCCUGCUGACUGCCACAUGACGUUCCAUCCGGGCCCAGCCCCUCCCAACAGGCCUUCCUACCAACACCAUCCUAUGCAACAGAGUCACACCCACCCCGGCCUCCUAAGCAACCUACAUCCCAACCUGCCCUACAAUGGCCAGCCCAGCCUUUCCAUGAACAUGAACACUGGGGCUCCGCAGAGCUAUGAGAGGAUGCCUUACCACCAGCAGCAGUCUGACCCCGGGGCCUCCCACCCCCACCCCAUGGGGCUGGGUAUGGUGUACCACUCCUCCCCAUCCACCUCCUCCCAGCAGGCCUCGAGCCCCCACAGCCCAAUCUCCACAGCCCCCCACAGCCAGCCCAUGACCCACUCCUCUCACUCUGCCCCUCACCUGCUCUCCAUGGGCUACCACUGCCCCCCCAACCCCAGCCAGGUGCCCUCACCCAACCACCCCAUGGGCCAACCCUCACCCACCCUCACCAACCAUCCGAUGCAGCCCUCCCCCCAGCUGCAGAGAGCUAUGGGGGGCUACCACCCCACCAGCCAGAGGUCUGCCUCCUGUCCCACUACCUCCAGUGCCCCUCCAGCCCACAUGGUUCCCUCGCCCCAUUCCGGGCCACCCUCCCCCCAGCUCCACUCCCUGCCCUACCAGUCGUCCACCUCCCCCUCCCCCACCGGCAGCCCUCUGGGCCCCCCAGCACACAGUCCCCAGGCCAGCAGUCCUGUCAUGUCCAGCCUGUCCCCAGGCUCGUGCAGCAGCAACCCCGUGCAGCAGCACCCCCUUGUCUCCCAGCAGAGCCCCUUCCCUACGGAGGGGGAGAGUGUGAACAUCAAGCAGGAGCCGGAGGAGAGAGAGCCCACCUUCAGAACCAUCGGCCUGCAGGACAUCACACUGGACGACGUGAAUGAGAUCAUCGGCAGAGACAUGUCCCAGUCCCCUGGUGGCGGUGCCCAGUCGUAGCGCUUUCCGUGGCCAGGCCUCCACACACCCAGCUGGGCAUAGCAGUGUCCUCACCAGCCCCAACACCACCACCUCCACCACAGGACUUUACCUGCCUCUAGGCAGGACAGACUGGGCUGAGAUUCCCCUUUACACUUCAUGGCCCUACCAGUCCACAAAAAGACCUCCAGACACACAUGAACAAACCUUUCAUAUACCCACAUGGCAGCAAAAGAGCUCAGAUUCACCCACCUACACAUGUAUACAUCAGAUUAUAAACAGGAGAACACCACAGGGUGGUGACAAACUAGGAUUAUUGGGGUCAGUGAGUGGCAGAAAGACGAGGAACAUGUUCUCUGUUCAGUUGACUUCGGGUUCAUUUUUAGCAUUAGUUCUCAGUCCUGGGCUCAGAUCCCCAGAGGUGAUCACUGGUUUAGAUAGUGAUCACCUCCUAAACGGUUUCUAUGCAGCUAAACUCUCUGUUCAGGGUGUUUGGUUGGAGUAUGUAAUAUACCCUCUCAAGUCACAAUGUUGUCCCUAACAGUGUAGUGCUCAGUGAGGAAAAAUAGGACCCCUCAGUAGGAAUAAAGAAGGGUUGAAUACUGUACUCAUGAUUUUCUCACCAGCAUAGACCUCGACAGUACAAACACCCGGUUGGUUGAGCACCCUCUGGGAGUGUAGAGGUAGUACUGCAGCCCCACUGCGACACCCCCAUCACCCUUGUCCUUCUUUGUCUCUGGUCUCUGGGUGCCUGGGAGCCCCUUCUCUUCUUCUCUGGUGCUGGACUGGGAUCUGUAAUAUGCAACAUUCCACACUUCUAGUGACCUUCCAGCCAUGUAGAUAUAGUGCCUUCAGAAAGUGUUCACACCCCUUGACUUUUUCCACAUUUUGUUGUGGUACAGCCUGAAUUUCAAAUAUAUUAAAUGUAGUAAUUUUUGUCGCUGGCCUACACGCAAUACCCAAUAAUGUCAAAGUGGACUUAUGUUUUCAGAAUUGUUUAUAAAUUCAUAAAAAAUAAAAAUCUGAAAUGUCUUGAGUGAAUAAGUAUUCAACCCCUUUGUUAGUACAAGCCUAAAUAAGUUCAGGAGUAAAAAUGAGCUUAACAAGUCACAUAAGUUGCAUGGACUCUCUGUGUGCAAUAACAGUGUUCAACAUGAUUUUUGAAUGACUAUCUCAUCUCUGUAC